AACGUUAAUAUAGGAAUAGAUAACAAUCACCUAAGUGUUGGUCUAAUUAAAGAAAAAGAUUUGGAUAUACAUGUGCACAUGACAAAAUAUUCUCUCUAUAUAUAUAAACACUCUCCAAACUUCCUUAAACAAAAUUAAUAAUUCUCUUCCACUCAAAAUCCAAAAAUGUCCUUUGAAUCCUUAUUUCUUCUUCUCCUUGUUUUCAUCUCUUCAUUACAAUUAUCAUCACACCAUGCAAAUGCAUAUCCUUUAUCAACACAUUCAAGAUGGAUCAUAGAUGAUACAACAGGUGAACGUGUGAAACUUGUUUGUGGAAAUUGGGCUGGUCACCUUCAACCAAUGAUCCCUGAAGGUCUUGAUAGAAGACCUUUAAAGGAACUUGUUGGUGAGCUUGUGAAAAACAAUUUCAAUUGUGUUAGAUUAACAUAUGCUAUUUAUAUGUGGACAAGAUAUCAAAAUGGCAUUGUGAAUGAUACUUUUAAUGAUUUGGAUGUGCCUGAGAUUGUUGAAGGUAUUGCUAACAAUAAUCCUUCUGUUUUGAAAAUGACUCAUAUUGAGGCUUUUGAUGCUGUUGUUAAAGAACUUGGUGAUCAGAAUGUUAGGGUUUUGCUUGAUAAUCAUGUUAGUGAGCCUAAGUGGUGUUGUCAUGAUGAUGAUGAGAAUGGUUUCUUUCAUGAUAGACAUUUUGAUCCUCAGGAAUGGAUUCAUGGACUUACUUUGGCAGCUAAACACUUUGAAGGACAUCAUCCUGUUGUGGCAAUGAGUUUGAGGAAUGAAUUACACGGUCCACGCCAAAAUCUAAAAGAUUGGUACAAGUACAUGAGCCAAGGAGCAUUUGCAAUCCAUAAAUCAAAUCCAAAUGUGCUUGUUCUUAUCUCAGGUUUAAACUAUGACACUGAGUUGCAGUUUUUAAGGAACAAACCAAUGGACAUAGACUUGGGGAAAAAAAUGGUGUUUGAGACACAUUUGUAUUCAUGGUCUGGAAUUGGAACACUCAAAUUGAAAGAGAUUUGGUCAAAGCAACCGUUGAACAGAAUUUGUGCCGAGAGCAUCAUCGGUUUAGACCAAAGAGCUGGAUUUCUUACCAUGGGUCAGAAGGCAGUUCCUUUGAUCUUUACUGAGUUUGGAUUUGAUCAAACUGGUUCCACAGUUGAAGAUAAUAGGUUCUUGACAUGUCUUCAAACAUAUCUUGUUGGAAGAGACUUGGAUUGGGGUUUGUGGGCUUUUCAUGGUGGUUAUUAUGUUAGAGAAGAUAAAGUUCAACUUGAUGAGACAUUUGGUGUUGUAGAUGCUACUUGGCAUAAGCUUAGAUACCCUAAUUUUACUGACAAGUUUCAACUUUUGCAAAGAAAGAAUCAAGAUCCUACUUCCAAACGCUCCAAAGCAUACAUCAUGUACCACCCUCUUACUGGUAAAUGCGUACAAGUGAAUGAAAACAAUAAGCUUGAAAUUGGUAGCUGUGAGAAUCAAAAGAGGUGGACUUAUAAGGGUUCUCAAAUCUUUUUGAAAGAGAGUCAAAAGUGCUUAACUGCUUCCGGUGAAGGGCUUCCAGUUUCCGUUUCUGAUGAUUGCGAAAGCAAGAAUAGUUCAUGGAAAACUGCAUCACCUUCUAAACUUCAUUUGGCUACUGUUAAUCAAGAUGGCAAACAACAACUUUGCUUGCAAAAGGAUACUAAUUCAUCUGCUGUUGUGACUUCAAAAUGUAUCUGCAUACAUGAUGAUUCUCUUUGUCUUGAUGAUCCUCAGAGCCAAUGGUUUCAACUUGUUGCCACCAAUGUUUAGUUUGAGUUAUUAUGUUUAGGGCUUUGAUCUAUUAAUUACUUUAGGUUUCUAAGUUAACUAGGUAGGUAAUAAAUGAAUGUUAUUCCGAAUUAGUUUAUCUUAGGUUCUUUUUUUAUUGAAUUGCUCUAUCAUUAUAGAGCUCUUAAUGUUAUGUUUAGGUUUUAAGAAAUGCAAUCAAAUAAAAAUAUCAAGACAUUUCUGUCA